CCUCCUCCAUCCUCUCUGUUCCUUGUCCUUGGAGACAGUUCCCUACAGGCGGAGGGAAGAGCAGCUGGAGAGAGCAGGGUCGUGCAGGUUGUGGGUUUGAGGGAAUCCUGACAUCCUUCUGGCCCCAGGGAGCAGACAUCAGGAAGGACACCAGACACACACCAGAGGUUAGCACAGAUCAGAGUUUCCACACUGAGGAUAUGUGCUUCAUCAUGCUGCUGUGCCUAGCCGUGGUACUGGGCAUGCUCCACUCAGCUGCUCCAGCUGAGUGGUCCCGCCCAGUGAUCAAGCAGAACUCGGUGGUCCUGGGCUCCCAGCUGGUGAUCACACCUGGUACUCCGCUGGUUCUGAGAUGCGUCGGAAACGGACCAGUCACCUGGGUGACCCGGCUGGCCAAACACCGUCGCCACGUCAAGGGCAACGGGACCGUGCGGACCUUGAGAGUGGACAGGCCCAUGGCGGAACACACCGGAACGUAUAAGUGUGUGUACACGAGUGGGACGGCACAGAACCGCCAGCUGUUCUCUACAGUUCACAUCUAUGUGAAAGACCCAUCCUCCCUUUUCACCCGAAGCCCCCCUCGCGUGGUGAGGAAGGAAGGGGAGGACUACCUGUUACCGUGCCUGGUGACGAACCCCAAGGCUACGGACCUGACUCUGCGUAUGGACAACGGCACGGCGCUCCCCCCCGGGAUGAACGUCAGCGCGGACCCUCGCAGAGGCAUCUUCAUCCACAACCUCCAUCCCAGCUACAACGCUGACUACGUCUGCGUAGCCAGGGUCGACGGUCAGGAGAAGACGUCAUGGCCUGUCUCCAUCAACGUCAUCCAGAAGCUUCGCUUCCCGCCUUAUGUGUUCCUGGAGAAAGAGGAGUACAUACGCAUCGUUGGGGAGACCCUAAAGAUACGCUGCACUACUCACAACCCCAAUUUCAACUUCAACAUCACUUGGAAUCUUUCCAGCAGAAAGAAAUGCAUUACUGAGGAGAAUGUCCACUCUAAUAACAACCGUCUGGACAUAGAAAGCAUCCUGACCAUCCCCGCAGUGGAGUUAUCAGACACGGGCAACAUCACCUGCACCGGCACCAACGAAGCAGGGGCCAACAGCUCUACCACAUACCUGCUGGUCAUAGACGACCCCUACAUCCGUCUGACCCCCCAGCUGUCCCCUAAACUGACGCACCACGGGCUGUCCAUCGAGGUGAACGAGGGGGAUGACGUGGUGCUGGCUGUGCUCGUGGAGGCCUACCCCCAGAUCCACAAGCACGGCUGGAAGACCCCCAACCCCUCCAAAACGUCCUCUCAGGAGAGCAAGCUGAUCAGAAAUAACAACAGGUACUACGCCACCUUGCAGCUGCGGCGUGUGAACUCCCAGGAGCAGGGUGCAUACACCUUCUACACCAUGAGCUCCAAGGCAAACGCCUCCAUCACCUUUCAUCUUCAGAUGUACCAGCGACCCGUUGCCGUUGUGAGAUGGGAGAACGUAACAACCCUCACAUGCACGUCGUUCGGCUACCCCGCCCCCAGGAUCUUCUGGUACCAGUGUUCCGGAAUCAGAUCCACGUGCAAUGAGAACGCCACCGGGAGCCAGAUGCCCGCCCCUCUUCUGGCGCCCACCGUCAAGGUUCAGAGGGAGGAGAGAGGGGCGGUCGAGGUCGAGAGCGUUCUGACCGUGGGGCCGUCCAACCGUAGGAUGACCGUGGAAUGUGUGGCUUUCAACCUGGUCGGAGUCGGCAGCGACACUUUCGCCAUGGAGGUUUCUGACAAGCUGUUCACCUCGACCCUGAUUGGUGCAGCCAGCGUCCUGACUGUCCUCCUCAUGCUGCUUGUCAUCCUGCUCUACAAGUACAAACAGAAACCAAGGUACGAGAUUCGGUGGAAGAUCAUCGAGGCCACUGAUGGCAACAACUAUACUUUUAUUGACCCUACCCAGCUUCCGUACAAUGAGAAAUGGGAGUUUCCUAGAGACAAACUCAAACUUGGGAAGGUUCUGGGAGCGGGAGCCUUUGGGAAGGUGGUGGAGGCCACAGCCUACGGCAUGAGCCAGGAGGACAUUGUGAUGCGUGUAGCUGUCAAGAUGCUUAAAGGCAGUGCCCACUCUGAUGAGAGGGAGGCUCUGAUGUCAGAGCUGAAGAUCCUGAGUCAUCUUGGCCAACACAAGAACAUUGUGAACCUGCUGGGGGCCUGCACCCUAGGAGGCCCUGUGUUGGUCAUAACGGAGUACUGUAGCCACGGUGACCUACUGAACUUCCUGCGUCAAAAGGCAGAGACCUUCCUCUCCACCGUCAUGAACGUUCCAGGCAUUACCGAGGAGACCAUUGACUACAAGAACCUGUCUGUCCAAAGACAGUUCAUCAGGAGUGACAGUGGGAUCUCCAGUGUGUCCUCAGACAGUUACCAAGAGAUGAGGCCUGCUCUUCAGCCUGUCAUGCCCUCUCUGGGACCGGAUCGAGAUGGUUUGAUGUGUUCCACAGAGUCUUUGUGUGAGGAGGGCAUGGCUGAGUGGCCUCUGGACAUGGACGACCUCCUGAGGUUCUCCCAACAGGUGGCCCAGGGCCUUGACUUCCUGGCCGCCAAGAACUGUAUCCAUAGAGACGUGGCGGCCAGGAACGUCCUCCUGACGGAUCGACGUGUGGCCAAGAUCUGUGACUUCGGCCUGGCACGUGACAUCAUGAACGACUCCAACUACGUCGUCAAGGGAAACGCCCGUCUGCCAGUGAAGUGGAUGGCCCCUGAGAGCAUCUUCCACUGUGUGUACACGGUCCAGAGUGACGUCUGGUCCUACGGCAUCAUGCUCUGGGAGAUCUUCUCUCUUGGUAAGAGUCCAUACCCCAGCAUGUUGGUGGAUAACAGAUUCUACAAGAUGAUUAAGUGUGGUCACCAGAUGUCCCGGCCAGAUUACGCCCCUCCAGAGAUGUAUGACAUCAUGAAGAUGUGCUGGAACCUGGAGCCCACUCAGAGGCCCACCUUCAGCAAGGUCGGCCAGAUGAUCGCAAGGCUGCUGGGGGAGCAGGCAGAGCAGCAGCAGACGUACCAAAACCUCCAACUGGUGGGUGAGCAGGAGGAGGAGCAGGCGGAGCAGGAGGAGCAGGAGGAGCAGGAGGAGGAGGAGGAGGAGGAGGAGGAGGAGCCCAACCCAGCCUGCGACCAGGAGGAAGAGGAGGAAGAGGAGCGGCCACUAAUGAAGAUCAACAACUACCAGAUCUGUUGAAAAGUCGAGUCUUUCAUCUUCAGAAACAUCAAGACUGGAAUCUUCUCCCCCUGUUUAAGCAGCUCUAGAAGCCUUAAAUUCUGGAAGCGAAAGGAUUCAAAGCUAUUUUUACCAGCGGCUCUGCUUUGCUUGGUCAGCAGACAGACAGGCAGGAGUCAGAAGGAAGCAUAAGACCAGACACUUUAAAUAUCUUAGAGAUAAACAUCACGUUUCAGGAUAUACCCAAUAAUAUACAGUAGUUCCAUACACACUCUCAUUUGUCCUUGUAUGUUCUAUGCAAAUAUUAUUUUGAACCCUUGUGUUAUCUAAGGGUCAUUCUGACCCAUCAGUCAUUUUGACCCACCGUCGUAUUGCGACAACUUUACCGCAUACAAAAACAAGUGUAAUUGAAGCAUUUUCUUUUAACCGCUGGGCUGUCUCAGACCCCCACAUUGCUAAGGUUAAAGGAAAAUUAUUUGUUUUUGUAUUGGGUAAACACAACAAUGGUUCAUGUAUCUUUGGGUCAUGUGACCCGAAGGCAGCACAAGGGUUAAAUGACCUAUUCAUUCUACUGUCCCUGUUCCCUUUUUAUAUAACUUUGAAAUGACAGUGAUUUUUUUUUUUUCCGUUGAGGAUGCUUACAUGGGGUUUUCUCCACACUCGUCAGCAAGUUCACUUCCAAUUUAUUUUUUGUCGUUUUUAAUUUUGCGGUUUUCCCAGAGGAACCAAACAGUACUCAAACCUGCUUCCAGGCCAUUUUCUCCAGUUGAUGCAUAAACAGCACUCUGAUUUGAGCACUCUGUCCUAGCUCUGUUGUCCUGGGGGUCAUACCCUUCCUAGUUCCCUUGCCUUGAACCACACCACAACACAAACCAUGAAACCUGUAUUAUCCAUGCUUCUCAAGUCAGAUAUAAUGUGCAUAUUGUCUGUCAGUGUCACACUCCAGUCAUAGUAGUUAUGGGAAGGCAGCAUGUGAGUGUUGUUGCCUGCUAGGUGUGAGCACCAGGUUGUGACGUCAGCUGAGGCACAGCAGAACAGGGCCGUGUCAGGCUCAGACAAGCAGCAGUUGGGGUACCCUCUACCUUCCAGGCUUGUGGUGCUGAGCCCGUAUGACUGCCAGGGGAAUCCAGGAUCCAGUAUGGACCAAAAGGAGACAAAGUUCUAUUUUUUAAAGCUUGUAAGUGUGAAGCUUCUGAGAAAUAUCUGUAUUUCUCUUCAUUGUCAAAUUCAAGGUAGCGUUAUU